AGAGGAUGCCAAUAAGAGCAUUCUGGACAACUGAGAAUCACAAGAACCAUUAAAAAGGGAAGCAAAUGAAGCCAGCUCUCAAUAUAUUUUCCACUUCCUCCAGAGAACCACAAAACUCUUCUCCUUCCCUAACAGGUGAUAGACAAGGGACAGAAAAACAGGAAGAGAAUUUUAAGCUGGAAAAAAUUGAGUAUAUGGAGCUCAAUGAAACAUUACAUGAAAACUGUCAAGGGGGAUAAUUUCCAAAUUCCGAAAAAGAAGGAAAUAUCUGGAAGUCAAUGGAACGAAGAGGUCACAUGGAUAGCCACGUAGGGCAGAUAGAAAUGCAAGCCUCAUGCUGUGAGGAAGGAAACAUUAGCUUGUAUCAAAGCACCAUCCAACAAGGGAUCAGAAAUAUUUUUGACCUCCUUGAGAAUCCAAGAAUAUCAGUGGUGGAAAAGCCCCAUAGCUAUGCAUAUUGUGGGAAAAGCACAGAUUGCAGAUCACGGCUGGUUAUGCAUGAGAGGAUCCACACCGGAGAAAAGCUAUAUGAAUGCGCCGAGUGUGGGAAGGUCUUUCGCUACAGCUCCCAACUUUUUGAGCAUAAAAGGACCCACACUGGAGAGAAGCCGUACCAGUGCUGUCAAUAUUGUGGGAAGAGUUUCAGUCAGAAUUCUAACCUGGUGAUACACCAGAGGACUCACACUGGGGAGAAACCAUAUGAGUGUCCAGUUUGUGGGAAAAGUUUCAGGCAGAAUUCUAACCUGGUGAUACAUCAGAGGACUCACACAGGAGAGAAACCAUAUGAAUGCCCAGAUUGUGGGAAAAGUUUCAUUCGGAAUUCUGAGCUGGUGAUACACCAGAAGACUCACACAGGAGAGAAACCGUAUGAGUGUCCGAAUUGCGGGAAAAGUUUCAUUCAGAAUUCUGACCUGGUGAGACACCAGAGGACUCACACAGGAGAGAAACCGUAUGAGUGUCCGGUUUGUGGGAAAAGUUUCAGUCGGAAUUCCCACCUGGUGAUACAUCAGCGGACUCACACAGGAGAGAAACCGUAUGAGUGUCUGGAUUGUGGGAAAAGUUUCAUUCGGAAUUCUGACCUGGUGAUACACCAGAGGACUCACACUGGGGAGAGACCAUAUGAGUGUCCAGAUUGUGGGAAAAGUUUCAGUCGGAAUUCUGACCUGGUGAUACACCAGAGGACGCAUACCGGGGAGAAGCCAUAUGAGUGUUUGUAUUGUGGGAAAAGUUUCAGUCAGAAUUCCUACCUGGUGAUACACCAGAGGACUCACACUGGAGAGAAACCGUAUGUGUGUCUGGAUUGUGGGAAAAAUUUCAGUCGGAAUUCUGACCUGGUGAUACACCAGAGGACGCAUACCGGGGAGAAGCCAUAUGAGUGUUUGUAUUGUGGGAAAAGUUUCAGUCAGAAUUCCUACCUGGUGAUACACCAGAGGACUCACACUGGAGAGAAACCGUAUGUGUGUCUGGAUUGUGGGAAAAAUUUCAGUCGGAAUUCUGACCUGGUGAUACACCAGAGGACUCACACAGGAGAGAAACCGUAUGAGUGUCCGGAAUGUGGGAAAGAUUUCAGUACUAGGUCUAGCCUUAUAAAUCAUGUAGGUUUACACACAGGGGAGAAACCAUUCAAAUGCCCAGACUGCGGACGGUGCUUCACACAAAAUUCCUCCCUUAUUGCACACAAGAAACUCCACACGAGGCAGAAGAUGAUGUGUGUAGAAAAGACUUGAACUGAAUUUCUGAUUGCACCUGAGAAAUUAUUUAACAUUUCUCACUCUUAAAUCUGAGGGAGGAGAGGAAAAAAAUGGAAAAUAUUAGAUAGAUAAAGGCUAAGUAGACAUAUCUGGCUCUCAGGAGACCUUACUGGAUAUUUAAUUGUAUAGAUAUAGUGCAGUUGCCGCAAAAAGGCUUUUUGGGAGUGUUUUUUGCAUACUGAUCAUCAUACGUCUUAGAAAUGCAACAUGCAGAAUUUCAGCCUUCUUCAACCUGGGUGUCCUCCAGAUUUUGAGCCCCAGAACUCCCCAGCCAGCAUAACCUUUGCAGAAAAUAUCUGGGAGUCAUAGCGAAUGUUUCUGGGAGGCUCCAAUAAGUUGCUGCAGGUCCUUAAAAAUACAUUAAAGAAAAGAUAGAAGCACUUUUGCUUCAGUUAGAGAUUGUGGUUCCUCAGAUAUGAAGAAAGUGAUAUAAAAGGAGAGGUGAAGAGGGUUCAAAGUUCAUCUUUUCCUAACACCUCCAGAAAUUAAGUGCAAGGAGUAUCAGAUUGUGGCAAGGAUGAAUCACAAAUAUCACAGAAACUAUUAAAAUGGAGAACAUAUUAGGGACAUUUGUGGCAGUGACAAUUGUAAAAUUUCACAUCUAAAGACUGUUCUGAGUUGCAAUUGAACAUGAUGAAUAAGACUUGUAGAUAGAAUAUUGAGUUGAGGAGAAAAGGCAUUGUGGUUUUGAGCACAGGAUCUUCAGGUUUUUUAACAACCCCUGCUGUGAUCUUGUUUGCUCGGAGGUGCCUGCUUGUUACUGUUUGAUGGCUGGUGGUUGACAUCAGCGCCAAGAUCCUGACAUUUUUGUUGCAUCCCCCUUGGUGGUGAUGUGAGACAAAAAUUGUACAGUGGAAAACAUUUCAAUUGUAAAAAUGGAUUGUGUGAGACCGAUUAAUAGCUUUUGACAAGGAAAAAAAUGGGCAGCAUCAGCAACAGGGGGGUAAGGUAAUGUAAAGCUCUCUUCCCAACACACGGGACACAUUUCCAUCUCUUUCACUCCUCUCUCAGGGCUUCCUUUGAAAUGUUUCCAAAAAAUCCCUUCAAGUAAAGGGAGGAAAAUUAUUUGGAGCAGCUAAGUGGCAUUUUACCUAUGCAGAUGAACAAUCCUGAUUUUUCUGAGUGUGAAGGACAGAAAAGAAUUCACGGUUUGUUCAUUUCAGUAACACAGUUCAUCUAUCAAGUGAUGAUCCUUUUUUUUCCUAGUAGAUCACAUUGCAUAUAAUCAUUUUGCAGAAGGACACCCAACAACCUGGACCCUGCCAGGGGUUAAGAGGAAUCAAGAGGCUCUUUUGGCUUGAGCCUCAAUCUCCAAGUGGCUUCAAAUUUAAACAUUUGCAAACUCUUUAAACUGUUUAUUACAGGUAGCGUGUUUCUUUUGAUUAUCAAUCUGUGAAGACUUCAUUUUGUUCACUUUUGUACAAAAGAUGUCUCAUUUGUACAACCAAACUACCAGAAGACAAUAAAGUGGGGCAGUGGGUAUGAGUGUGAGGUUACUAAUAACAAUACUGUAUGUCAUCCUUAAGAAUUAAGUGCAGAACAGAAAUAAAACAACAUUAAUUGAAUUUGAAUUUUAAAAAUACAAAGUGAACAUAUUAAAAUUGACACUAAGGGGAUAGUGGAGUAUCCAAAAAUAACCCCUUUACAAUAAAGAGAAUAUAUAAAUUAGACCCCACAAAACCUACUAACAAUAUAUACUACUAAAACUCUCGUGUCAGUUUGUAUGUUUGUAAUCUUCAGUUGGGCAAAACGUGCGUCAUAGGGCAACAAUUUUUGAAGAAAUUUAUCUCAUGGGCUAACUUACAGAAUGCCGGGCCCUUUGGGUAGGGAAUCUGGCAAAGUUGCGACUGCUUCAGUACCACUGUGCUGCCACCAUCAGUCGAGGUCAUGCAAUUCUCAUUUCCAUCGCUGCCUGACACCUUCCCACAAGUCAAUCAGGAAGCCAGCAGGAAGUCUAAACUCUAUUGUGAUUGCCAACACUCCAUGCCAGCUUCCCACAAGGAAAGUCUGCUUGUGGGAAGCUUACAGGGAAUGGGGAAGCAGGCAGGGAAGGUCGCAAGUUGCUUGGCUAAGUCUCCCCCACCCAUGCACCCACACACACCUUCUGUGACCUGCAUUGCACCCUUACAUACCUCCCUGACCAUCGCCACCCCUCUCAGGCAACCCGUCACAUCCUCGCAUAACCUCCCUGACCCACACCCUGCCUCUUGUAUACCCCCACACACCCCCACUGCACCCCCUCGCACACCAUUCCUGACCCACAGUAUACCUCUCACACACACACCCUGAUCUGUGCUGCUGACCCUUGCCACACCUGUCAUGCACACACCCCAACCCAACCCUCUCAUGCACCCUCUCAGACCCUUGUGCACCCUGCCUGAGCCACACUGUGCCUCUUGGAAGGGAGGGGGAAGUCAGUCAGUCAGUCAGUCAGUCAGUCAGUCAGUCAGUCUUCUUGGAUCACCAUCAUCACCCACACCACAUUCGAUCUGCAUCAGAAAUGGCAGUUUAGGGGGGCCCUCUGCACAGGUUAGCCUGCCGAUCAAUCAGCUGUAUCCUUUUGCAGGUUAUUCUGGUUUUCACUUGACAGACCCUCAAGAUCCCUUGACUGCCUGCCUUGUUACAAAAGCAGGUUUUUUGUUUCCCUACAGAAAAAAAAAACACUUGUCCCCUGUUUGACACCUCUCCAAAACUUGCCCGCCAAUCAGAUCCCAAGGAUUUCCUGCCUCUCAGCUCCAGAGUGUAUAAAUUCUAUGCUUUUCUAUUGUUCAGGGUCCCUUUUUCCUGGAAAGCGGGCACCCUAUGAUCACUGCAAUAAACAUGGUUCUUC